AUGAAAGUCGCUGUGGUAGGCUCUGGGGUGUCUGGGUUAGCAGCUACAUGGCUCUUGAACGAGUACAGCGACCAUGAAGUACAUCUUUAUGAGUCAGACUACCGACCUGGCGGGCACGCCAAUACCGUGCACUAUGUACCGAACGGGAAGGUUUGGGGCGAGGGUGUUGAUGUCGAUACUGGUUUUAUCGUGUUCAACCCCUCUACAUACCCGAACUUUCUACGUUUCCUUCAGCUCUACCCCACCAAAACGGAAACACGACACAACCUCCUUCCUUCCUGGAUCCAUACAGAGAAGGGUCCCGGUGGCAAUAAAGGAGACCAAGGAAUCCAUAUUCUCCCUACAGAAAUGACGUUCAGCGUAUCCAGAGACCGCGGUAUUUUUGAAUGGGCAGGUAAAAAUCUUGCGACUGUAUUUUGCCAGGCCCGGCGUCUGGUCGACCCAUCAAUGUGGAGAAUGAUUUAUGACGUACUUCGCUUCAAUGUUUGCGCCCGACGAAUGUUACUUAAGGCACCGGACUUGCAAAAAAGCGAGAUGUCCAUUGGAGAAUAUUUGCAACAAGAGGGAUAUUCAGCUGCUUUCCGCAACAACUAUUUAAUUCCAAUGACUGCAGCAAUCUGGAGUACCCCCCCAAAUAGUUGCCUCCUUGAUUUUCCUGCUCGUACCUUGAUCCAAUUUCUUUACAACCACCAUCUCUUGCAAAUCACGGGCAAACCGUCCUGGCUGACGAUUAAAGGAGGCAGCCACAACUACGUGAAUAAGAUCUUGGAGAAGCUUCCUGGCGAGCAAUUGCAUCUAGCUUGUCCAGUGGAAUCUGUUAGAAACGUUGAACGCUCCGAUGGUGGCAAUCCUCAAGUUAUCUUAUCGACGAAAUCUGGGGAAGAGAUAACCUAUGACCAUGUUAUCUUAGCUUGUCACUCUGAUGCAGCGCUAGACAUACUUCGUAAUGGGGGUAUAACAGACGAAGAAGAGCGAAUUCUCAGCCAAUUCGAAUGGAAUCGAAACGAAGCUGUUUUACAUUCCGAUGUCAAGUUGAUGCCCAAGAACCGCAAAGCUUGGUCAUGCUGGAAUUAUCUCUCAUUCACAAAGCCACUUUCUUCUAAUGAAAAAGCUAUGGAAGAAAGAGUAGAGAUUAAUGAGGUUUCCUUACAAACUCUAGAACAUCACCUUCCGGAGUCGAAAUAUGGACCUAUUCUUGUGACUUUGAACCCACCGUUCGAGCCUGAUAAGGACAAGAUUGCAGGCAGGUGGAAGUAUGACCACCCAGUCUUGGAUACAAAGGCUGUACGGGCGCAGAACGAGAUGUACAAGAUCCAAAAUACGCGUUCGAUAUCCUAUGCAGGCGCCUAUCUUAAGUACGGCUUCCACGAGGACGGCUUCACCUCUGGAUUAUUGGCUGCUUGCUCCAUUGAUGAUGACCAGAACAGUUUGCCUUCUGCCAUCGCCUUCACAGCUACUCUCAGCAGCAUGUCUAUUCCCGUUCGUGGGCUAACUGUUCGCCCACCAUUCGAUAUUCAACAUGCUGAUCACCAUCUUCAAUUAAGUCGCAAGGGCACUAGUAAUAGUUUUUACGAACGACUUGGCUGGCUGUUUGACUGGGUUGAACAAUCCGGAAUCAGACAAAUGGUGGGACUUGUCGGUAGUCUUUUCUUGACAGUGAUUGGGUGGUUUCUUGGGAUUAAUUAG